GUAAAGAUGUUGUUGUAGUAUACAAUUGAAGAAUUGACUUGAAUAGUUGAUAGAAGAUUGAGGCACCGCGAGGCUUUUAUUUAGACUUGAUAAACACUAUGCAUGCUUAUCGCAGACUCAAGUCCGUCGUAGACCCUGCUUUAUCAUGCCAAGUUCAAGCCAAGUCAGGAGAGUUAUGGAUUCUUAUCAGCAUGAGAUCAUAGACUAUCGGACUGAUGGUGAGAUUGUUUUCGCUGUCGUCUAGAAAUCCCAAGCCCUAGCAAAGAAAAAGCUCAUUACUAGGCCCGGCGAUCUCGGCCAGUCUCUCCACCAUCAGAGCAUGUUGGGAAUAGAAAAUCCUGCUGUUUCAGGGCCAUUGACUUCUCGGCAGUGGGUGCUAAGACUACAGCGGUAUAGCAUAGCCAAUUCUUGGCUAUCCGGUCCUAUCACGCUGUUGUUUAGCAGGCUUGCAUCCACUGUUUGCUUCUCCUCGUCGGUGGCCUGACUUGCAUGGUAUGGAGGAUAGUUUAUUAGCCGCAUAGCCCCCUGUAGUGUACCGAAAUUAACCACCGAUGCGCUGGAAUGGGGCAGAGCCGCAGGACCCCCCACUGCUCUAUUUAG